AUGGCGAGGAAUGAGAACGUCGGCCGCCAUGGAUCCACCGAGAGCUCCGCGAGCUGGCGGUCCGUCCGGUCCAAUGACACCGUGCGGCCUUUUGGGCGAGCUUCUCGCGGCACGCCCGUGACGGUGCAGACCCCCAAGGACCACAACAACCACCAGUAUGUAGCCUCUCGGACGCUUUGGUGCAUUUGCCUCGUCGCACAUUGGACGACUUCUCUGGGUGGUGGCCGAGCGGCGCGCGCUGUGCGCCUCGAGAGCUGCGCCGAAGCCCGCUCAGCUCUCUAUGUGGUGGUGUCGCAGAGCUCCGACGAAGCUUGCCCGCCAAUGACCCACAACGCUGCCGCCCCUGCUGCUGAUUCCCAGACAAUGUUUCUUCCGUCGUCUCGGUCUGCGGUUCAAGACGACGUAAAACGCGGGCCUAGACAAUGCGCCAGCCUCGCUCAGCUAACGUCGCCGUGUAGGAUUGAAAAGGAGUCGGAGAUCUCUCCCGGCACUCUCCCGCCAGCUCCUCCGCCAAAAGACCCCGGCCACAAACCCCGGAAAAAUUCCGGCUGGGACGGUUCGCAGACGAACGACUUCAGGGACUAUCGGAAACAGCUGGCUGUGCUCGAGACUUCUGGGGGCAGAAUACCGUCGAUAUCGCGCAAUCCUCCGACCGCCACUUCGCCGAUAACGCCGUGGGCCGCCUCGGGGACCAAUGGUUCUUCGAUGGCCGCCAGCGUAUGGGGCAGUUUCUUCAACGACUCCAAUGAGGACAUUGCGCAACUAUCACCCGGACUCGGGCGUCCCGGAAGCGGCAACGAUGCCAUGGGAUAUCCGGGAGACGACCGGCGGCCAUCAGUCGCAAGCGCAACCACCGUUAGCAGCACUGGCUCCAAGUCCAGCGUCAGUAGAGGAGGAUUCCACAAGAGACUGCAAAACGUCUUUGGCGAGGAGUUCCCCGCAGAUUCACGUCAGGGCUCCGAUACCAGCUUGACGACUCCGUAUGCGGCGGCGGCGGCGGAGACUCAGUCAUUGCGCGGGGCGGGAAACCGAAAUCGCACCAAUUCGGUCAACAAUACGUUAGGCAGUAGCCUCAACAGCAGGCCCGGGUCACCUAUUGGAUCGCGGCCCCGCACGCCUCUUCCCUCCUCAGAGGUAACGCCAUGGGAGUUCCAGGAUUUCAAGGAAAUACCUUUCCAAGGUGAAAAUGGCCGACCGUCUUCCGAGCAGCAUUCGAACAAGUCGGGCAAGAGCUCGCAUCACCACCACAAACUGAAGCUGCCCGGCCAUCGGCAUAAUCGCAGCAAAGAGGACAACAAACCACUCGAAGGUCGCGCCGAAAUCAGCCAGCCCUAUCCGUUACGUCCAGUUACAAGUCGAGAGGAUUCUUCAUACAGUAUCCGUCGAGACCAGCAGUAUCCUUCCGCGCUAAGUUCUGCUUUUGGCUCGAAGUCCACCCUUGUUCCUCGCCCAUCGAGCCCGACCCCGAGCGCAUUCAGCGAGAUGUCUCGGGACCCUUCGACGCAGAGAUCACCCAGUACCACCAAGGGCCCAGGCGGACUUUUUGCCCGCUUGAAGAAUAGAAGGGACAAGACCGACCGCUCUACGCCGGAUGCUUUGAGCAAUCUCCCACCUUCCACCGUCUCCUUACAGCCAUCUAUCAAGUCGGCUAAGCUUCCUCGAGGAGAACCUUCUCCUGGUACUUUUGGUUCUAAGAAGAAGGGUGGAGCGGAUGGAACCAAGGACAAGUCAUCCAAAGAGGGCAAAAGAGAGCAUGGACGGGGACUCCUCAAGGGCUCCAAGCGCGCCGCCGCUUACGAGGAGCCACGUCGAAAGGAUCCGAACGAAGUGGGUGUUGGCUUGCACGGGGAUGAAGCACUCUUCAGUCUCGACACGGAUUUGGAACAUAUGGAGGGUAUAGUCAACCCGCUGCAUCCACCCAUGACCCCGCCUACGGGCGAUAUACCUACCACCACUUGGGGCCCUGAAGAGCGGAGGACGGACUCAAAAGAUGACGGCGCCAUGUGGGACGCUCCUGAUUCCUGGGCUGUGAAGCCGCUUGGGGACGAGGGGGGCGUACCUCAACAUGGGGAAUACGAGGAUAGCGGUGUCACUCCCAAGGAGGACGAUAAUCGGACAUAUUGCGUCCGUAUUUUCCGGGUCGACUCUACUUUCGCGACGCUAUCUGCGACACUUAACACCAGUGUCUCUGAGAUCAUCCAAAUCCUAGGAAAGAAAACUCUGCUACAAGAUGAUCUCGACAACUACCACAUUGUGAUGCGAAAGCACGAUACCUCGCGGCAACUCGACACUCUCGAACGCCCCCUGCUCAUACAGAAGCGACUGCUGGAACAAGCUGGUUACACGGAUGCUGAUCGGCUCGAAGAAGUCGGACGAGAAGACAACAGUUAUCUCUGCAGGUUCACGUUCAUCCCGGCCAAGAUGAGCGGAUAUUCCAGCCUAGAGAAAGAUCCGGGCUUCAGCAAGAUGCAGAAAUUCAGUCAUAUUGACCUCCAGGGCCGGAAUCUCAUCACCAUACCCAUCACCUUGUACCAGAAAGCGACCGAGAUCAUAUCUCUCAAUCUUUCGCGCAACCUGUCCCUCGCCGUACCUAAGGAUUUCAUACAAGCCUGCACUAAUCUCAGGGAGAUCAAGUAUACGAGUAAUGAGGCGCGGCGGCUACCUCCCAGUCUCAGCCUGGCAAGCCGCUUGACUAUGCUGGAUAUAUCGAACAAUCGAUUGCAAGAGUUGGAUCAUGCUCAAUUGCAUAAGCUGCAAAGCUUGCAAGGGCUCCGGCUUUCCAACAACAGAUUAACCCAGUUACCCCCGUAUUUCGGCCAGUACCGCGCCCUCAGGAGCCUCAAUCUGAGCUCCAACUCACUCAGCGAGUUUCCCGACUUCUUGUGCGAAGUGCGGACCCUCGUGGAUCUUGACAUCAGCUUCAACUCGAUUACCAGCCUCCCCAAAAUAGGGCAGCUCACCUGUCUGGAACGCCUCUGGGCUACAAAUAACAAGCUCAAGGGUAGUUUUCCGCCAACGCUCAGCAACCUUGUCAACCUCCGCGAGAUCGACGUGCGGUUCAACGCACUCAACAGCAUGGACGUCAUGUCUCAGCUACCGCGACUGGAGUAUUUGAUGAUUGGUCACAAUUCGAUAUCCGCGUUUGAAGGUGCCUUCCCGAAGAUUAGGGUACUCCACAUGAACCACAAUCCAGUCACGCGGUUUGGCGUCAGUCAAUCGACACCAUCUUUGUCCGUGCUCAACCUUGCUUCCGCGAAGCUCGCCCAACUGCCCGAAGAUCUGUUCCCCAGGCUCACUGGACUCACUAAACUCAUCCUGGACAAGAAUCACUUCACUUCACUUUCGAGCAACAUUGGGAAGCUAAUUCGAUUAGAGCAUUUGAGCGUCGCGCGGAACUCCUUAGACGUACUCCCAGCCCAGAUUGGCGGACUCGCGGAGCUUCGUUAUUUGGAUGUACGCGAAAAUAACUUGGGCCAGCUGCCUCCGGAACUCUGGUACGCUCGACGGCUGGAGACACUCAACGUCUCAUCCAACGUCCUAGACGGCUUCCCAAAGCCGAGCGCACCCCCGCCAGCAGCUGUCAAUGGAGAAGUUUCCAAUUUGGAUGGCGCAACCCCAAUGUCGACGCCAGGCCUUGGAUCGAGCCCCAGUUACGAAGAGCUUGGGAAGCUGGAGGACUUUGCCAAUCGACGACCGAGCCAGGCUUCGGCUGGUUACCUGGGUGCAGGCACUUCUCCAGCGUCGACCCAACGCAAAGGUUCCAUGGCGUCAUAUGGUUCCGCAAGUACAGCGACCACUGCAAGGAAACAGUCGGUAACCUCGCGGACGCCGACGGAAGGCGCUCCCACCCCAGUUUCACGCAAGGACUCAAGUCUUUCCAAUAGAAUGGUGACAACCUUCGCGGGAUCUUUACGGCAUCUAUUUCUUGCCGACAACCGCCUUACGGACGAUGUUUUCGAUGAGCUCUGUUUGCUCCCAGAGCUGAGAAUCGUGAAUCUAGCCUACAAUCUCAUCUACGACAUCCCGCCGCGUACAAUAAGGAGAUGGCAACAUCUCGCUGAGCUUUACCUUUCGGGCAACGACUUGACAUCCCUGCCUGCGGAAGACCUGGAGGAAGUGAGCUCGCUCAAGGUCCUGCAUAUCAACAGCAAUAAGUUCCAGGUCCUUCCCGCAGAACUAGGAAAGGUAGCGAAGCUCGCCAUCCUUGACGUUGCCAGCAACUCUCUGAAGUACAAUGUUUCGAAUUGGCCCUAUGACUGGAAUUGGAACUGGAAUCACAAUCUGAAGUAUCUCAAUUUGUCCGGUAACAAACGCUUGGAGAUCAAACCUAGCGGGCCAUAUAGCAACAGCGGCGCCGCCAUGCGCGAAGGACGAGACCUAACCGACUUCACCUCACUUGGUAACUUGCGGGUACUCGGUUUGAUGGAUGUGACUAUGAUGGUUCCGUCUGUCCCCGAGCAGUCCGAAGACAGGCGUGUGCGAACCUCCGGUUCUGCUGUUGGCACGAUGGCGUACGGUAUGGCGGACAGUUUGGGUCGGAAUGAACACAUCUCGACGAUGGAUAUGGUCAUUCCCCGCUUCCGAAGUCACGACGACGAACAGAUUCUAGGUCUUUUCGAUGGUCAGCCUCUUGCUGGCGGCGGCUCCAAGAUUGCCAAGUACCUCUACGACAACUUCAAGAACCGGUUUUCAGAAGAGCUAGAACGUUUGCGCCCUCAAGAGUCCCCAGUCGAUGCACUGCGACGUACAUAUCUCGGUCUCAACAAGGAGCUGGCGCUCGCCGCAACCCAAACCAUGGACAAGCUCAGCCCAGGUCCAACUAGGCAAUCAGGCAACGCUGUUCCCGACCUCGCCGACGACGACCUGACUUCUGGAAGUGUCGCCACCGUCAUGUAUCUCAAAGAGAUGGAGCUUUACAUUUCUAAUGUUGGUGACGCUCAAGCGCUUCUCAUCCGAUCAGAAGGCGGCCACAAGGUACUCACUCGGAAGCACGACCCUGCCGAACCCGGCGAGCGAAUCAGGAUACGUGAAGCCGGUGGCUUCGUUUCCCGUCAAGGCAAGCUGAACGAUGUUCUAGAAGUAUCACGAGCAUUUGGCUAUGUGCAGAUGUCUCCAUCCGUCAUCGCCUCACCUCAUAUCCUGAACCUCACUCUUGGCGAAACCGACGAAAUGAUCCUCAUGGCAUCGCGGGAGCUAUGGGAGUACCUCACUCCAGACUUCGCUGUCGAUGUGGCGCGGUCGGAGCGUAACGACCUCAUGCGCGCCGCACAGAAGCUUCGGGAUCUUGCAAUCGCUUUCGGUGCGACAAACAAGAUCAUGGUCAUGCUUCUUGGAGUAAGCGACCUAAAGAGUAAGCAGCGAGCCCGAUUCCGAACGCACAGCAUGUCCAUGGGACCUUCCGGAUCACCCGACGACUUCUUCCUGCGACCGAGGGGCAAGCGUGCUCGAAAUCUACCCAACGAUUCUAAGCUUGCUCGUCUCGACAAUGAAGUGGACGCACCGACUGGAGAAGUCAGCUUGGUCUUCACCGAUAUCAAGAGCUCCACCCUGCUCUGGGAGACCUAUCCCAUUGCGAUGAGAUCUGCUAUUAGAAUGCAUAACGAGCUCAUGCGGCGUCAGUUGCGAAUCAUCGGCGGUUAUGAGGUCAAGACAGAAGGUGAUGCGUUUAUGGUGGCAUUCCCUACCGUCACGUCAGCCUUGCUUUGGUGCUUCACGAUCCAAAGCCAGCUGCUCGAAGUUCCAUGGCCACAGGAGAUUCUCAACAGCGUGAAUGGGCAAGAAGUCGUUGAUCCCGAUGGCAACGUCAUUUUCCGUGGUCUAUCGGUCCGCAUGGGCAUUCAUUGGGGUACACCGGUGUGCGAGGUCGACCCCGUCACGAAGCGUAUGGACUACUUUGGUCCCAUGGUCAAUCGAGCCUCUCGUAUCUCCUCUGUCGCCGAUGGAGGACAAAUAACAGUCUCUUCGGACUUCAUCGCCGAGAUCCAACGGCUUCUGGAGACGCACAUUGAAGGCGACCGGAGCAACUCUACAGGCUCGGAGGAAGCGUUUAACGACGACCAGACGACCCAAAACAUCAGACAAGAGCUGCGAUCUCUCAGCAGCCAGGGCUUUGAAGUGAAAGACCUGGGUGAGCGCCGCCUCAAGGGUCUUGAAAAUCCGGAAUACAUCUACCUGAUGUACCCUCAUUCUUUGGCUAGCCGCCUUGCCAUCCAACGGCAGCUCGAACAGAAGGCGCAAUCGCCGGCUAACGCACAACAAGCUGGGCAGAAGAUGCCGGACAGUCAGCUCACAAUCGACACUGACAACGUCUGGGAUCUCUGGAACGUCAGUCUACGUCUGGAGAUGCUGUGCAGCACUCUCGAGAAUCCUGGCUCUGCGGAGCUGAAGCCUCCGGAGACUGCGCUGCUGGAGCGAAUGAAGAGCAGGGGUGGCGAAAUCACGGAUCGAUUCUUGAUCAAUUUCGUCGAGCACCAGAUCUCGCGAAUCGAGACGUGCGCAACUACCUUGGCCCUCCGGCACAUGGUCCGCCCCUUCGGACAAUAUCCGCUGCUCGAGCAAGCGUGCCCCAUGGCUGACAUCCUUAGCGAGCUUCAAUCGCAGCUAUCCGAGUUGCAGCAGUACAGAGAUGAGGCGUCCUCUCAAUUCGCGUCCGCUUGA